AUGACCGAUUUUACUUAUUCACCAGAAGUUCAGGAACUGCUGGAAUACGACAAAAAUCAUCUAUGGCACCCUUACACGUCCAUGAGUAGACCGCUACCGGUUUAUCCUGUCAAAUCUGCAACUGGUGCCACGAUUUCUUUGGAUGUUAAGAGUAAAGAUAACGAGGAUGUUACUCUAGUUGAGGCAAUGUCGUCAUGGUGGUGUAUGAUCCACGGCUACAAUAAUGCUGAAAUAAAUGAAGCUAUGAUAGCUCAAAUCAAGAACGUCUCGCAUGUAAUGUUCGGAGGUCUCACACACGCCCCUGCGAUUGAAAUGUCUCAAAAGCUACUGAAACUCGUUGACCACGAAAAGCUGCAGUGCUGUUUUCUGGCAGAUUCCGGUUCUGUGGCGGUAGAAGUGGCAAUGAAAAUGGCAAUGCAAUACGAGUUCACGAGAAGCGGCGACAAAACCAGCAAAAGUAAGUUUUUAACAAUUCGCAACGGCUACCACGGCGACACUUUUGGCGCAAUGAGCGUAUGCGACCCCGUGAGUUCCAUGCACUCCAUCUACAGUGGAUGUUUACCUCAAAAUAUUUUUGUUUCUGCACCUAGCAUGCUGGAGACCCUUCCUACGUCUAACGUCUUUGAAAAGACGCCCGAGAUUUUUGGCGGGAACGUACAGUGGGACAAACACGACAUCGAUGAUUUCAGCAAAGCCAUUGAAGAACGUCGCGACGAGAUAUGCGCUGUGAUAUUGGAGCCCCUUUUGCAGGGCGCUGGUGGGAUGAGACUUUAUCAUCCUCAGUACAUCAUUGAAGUGCGAAAGCUUUGUACGAAAUUUGAAAUUCCGCUGAUCAUGGACGAGAUAGCAACUGGAUUUGGCAGAACAGGCGCUAUGUUUGCUUUCCACCAUUGUAAAACGUAUCAGGAGAAGAUGGGCGUCCCACACGAGCAGAGAGUAGAUGUGUACCCGGAUAUUCUAUGCGUUGGGAAAGCAUUGACUGGUGGGUAUAUGACCUUAAGCGCAGUAGUCGCUGCUGAACACAUCAAGGAUGUUAUUUCUCACUCAGGUAGUGCAACUGGAGGGUGUUUUAUGCACGGGCCAACAUUCAUGGGCAAUCCGUUGGCCUGCAGUGCUGCUAACAAGUCGUUGGAGAUUCUACUAAGAGGAGAUUGGCACCGGCAGGUCAUUAAUAUCGAGUCGCAGCUCGUACGAGAACUCUACGUGGCGCUCAACAAUGACGCGGAUCUCAUGAGCUCUGUUGUCCAAAGCGUGCGUGUCACCGGUGCUGUGGGAGUCGUGGAGCUGAAGCAACCGGUCGACUCAGCAUGGUUUCACCAACAAUUCGUUUCCAGGGGAGUCUACGUGAGGCCCUUCAACAGAUUAGUUUACAUCAUGCCACCAUACGUCAUCAGCGCAGAGGAGCUGACGAAAGUUACUCAGACAAUUAUCGAGGUUUUGAGACUAUGGCAAGAGGAGCUUUUCCCCGCCCAAAAACUGUGA